AUGGACCAUGGAGCUUUUGCAGCCUCUGUAGAACGUGAACUAUUGGCCGUCUUUAGGACUAUAUGGUGCCGGGGCGAGGAGGGGUCAUGGGCAUCACCGCAGUUCAGCCGGUCUAGUAAAAAGAAAUCAGCUCAUUUCCGAUCGUUGGAAGUGAAUUUAGUGGUGAUUGCGAUGCUGUCCCGGGGAAAUUGCGGCCUCUCCACCUGCACCACUCGCUACUUGGUGGCCAGUGCAGCGGCGGAUCAACUGACCAUCAUCUUUGAUGUGACAUUGUGGCAAUCGACGGUGACGUGGAUGAAGGAGCAGUUGCUCCCUAUGAGAGUUGGGCAACCACUUCCGGUUUGUACCCGGAAGUUGAGGAUCGGUCACAUCUUUACUCUCGCCCAAGCUAAGGCGGAGACAAUGGAAGAGAGAAACAGAUGGGAGAACGUGUUUGUUCCGUGGUCUUCUGGAAAUGAAGUGGGGGAUAAUUCAGCUGAUAUGAAUGAUUUUAACAAGGCGUUAAAGAUAGCCAAGAAAGUCACUGAACUGAGGGGAAACCGGAUAGAGAGUUUCAGACUAUUCCUCAGUCUGGUGAUGGGCAAAGACUCGCAGACCCGGAGGGUGAUGUGGGAAUCCAUUGUGAAAAUGCGGACUGAGUUACAGAAGUUGGACAAAAUACUCAAGGAUAUACAAGAGCUCGGCCCCGAUCCACAGGAAUACAUUAACAUCUCCCAGGGGUUAUCUCAGAUACCCACUCAACUGACAGGUCCGAGCUCAGAGAUCACCGAGCUCCUGGCAAGCUGUGACGAUUCCCAGCUGCUGCGGUUGACGGAUAUCUACCGGGACAGGCUGGAGCAGAAAAUUACUGAGUUCGCUGAUAAAGGAAAGCGAGCAGAGAGUUCCACACUACCACUGAAUAUAGGGAUAGAGAAACCCAACGCAGCACAGGGGGUGAAAAUGGCAGCUCGUUUCCAAAAGAUUGACGAAAUAAUUAAAGAAACACAGCAACAAGAUAUUCAAUUGAAACACAUGGAGACUCUGCGGGCACAAACUGAAACACUGAGAGUGAACACGAUCCUGAUGAGUGAGAAGGUGAAGGUUUUCAAGCUGGUUGAUCGAUACACUGAACUGAUCAUAAUUUCUACUGUUCGAGAUCGGAGACUGGUGGAACAUGAGCUGCUGGCUAGAGGCAGAGACCACGAGGAGUGGAGACAGAAACAUCUCCGCAGAGAGCUGGAGAAAAUCCAGACAGACCAAUUGUUCGGGAGCUGCUUUUCUUUGAUUAAAUCCAAACACGGGAGUUCGGCAGUAGUGGCGGGGGUCGCGGGGAUCGGGAAAACAACGAUGAUCCAAAAGAUUGUCCAUGAUUGGGCCAUGGGGAAAAUAUAUCAACAAUUCCAAUUUGUAUUCUGUUUCAAAUUCAGGGAUCUAAAUACUAUUAAUCAUGCAAUAAACCUCCAGAAUUUGAUAUUAUUUGUCUAUCCAUAUUUAAGCCCAAUUCUAAAUGAGUUGUGGAAGAAGCCAGAGGGAUUGCUGUUUAUAUUCGAUGGUUUGGAUGAAUUCAAUGACCAAAUUAAUUUUUCUGACAGUCAGAGAGACACAGAACCUCGGUCCACAUGCACAGAUCCUGAAUUCCGGUGUAAGGUGUCUGACAUUGUGUACAGUUUAAUCCAGCGCAAGUUGCUCCCAGGGUGUUCAGUGCUGGUGACCACCCGUCCCACUGAGUUACAUUUAUUGGAAAAGGCCGAGAUCAAUGUUCGCGCUGAAAUCCUGGGAUUUGAUGAUACAGGGCGAAAGGAUUAUUUCAAGCGAUCAUUGGAAAAUCAAACUGUGGCAGCUAAUAUUUUCAAUCACGUGAAGGAGAAUGAGAAUUUGUACACCAUGAGCUUCAACCCUUCCUACUGCUGGAUCCUCGCUCUGUCACUGGGCCCCUUCUUCACAAAAUCCGACAGAGACCACCAACUGGUUCCCAAGUCCAUCACACAACUAUAUUCCUAUUGUAUUUACAACAUCCUGAAAAACCACAGCUGUGAGAUUGAGAAAACACGUGAUGUAUUGCUCAAGGUUGGUCAGAUGGCCUUCACAGGAGUGUCCAAGAAAAAAAUGAUAUUUACAGAGGAAGACUUGGCCAAGCACAAUCUGCAGCCUUCCCAGUUCCUGUCCGGAUUCCUGACGGAGCUUUUGGAGAGAGAAGAUUCUGCCCAGAGCGUGGUGUACACAUUCCCACACUUCAUCAUCCAGGAGUUUAUAGCUGCAGUCGCACAAUUCCUGAAUCCACAUCCCGGUGAUAUUCUGAAAUUCCUCACUGAAGCCAAUGCCGCGACAGACGGGCGAUUUGAAGUAAUUCUCCGUUUUGUUGCUGGUCUCUCCUCCCCAAUGACAGCUCGAGGCCUGGAGGAGUUUCUGGGGCCAUUUCCUCAUCAAACAACCUGCCGGGUGAUUGACUGGGUGAAGGAGGAGGUUAAGCGCCAGAUUGGAAACACAGAGAGUGAAGCUGGUAAAAGGAGCCUCCUGAACACAUUGCACUAUGUGUACGAAUCUCGGAAUAGCAGGCUGGCUCAAAAUACAUUAGGAUAUGUCAGAAGAAUUUCCAUCAGUGGUUUGCGAUUGACACCGAAUGACUGCGCGGUCCUAUCUUAUGUCAUUAACUUCUGUAAUGAAGUACAACAUCUUAAUCUGUGGAGCUGUUUGAUUCGCUGCGAAGGUCUCCAAACGCUGAAAUCCGGUCUGCACAAGUGCAUGUUUUUGGGACUGGGCCGCAAUAAGAUAGAAGAUUCUGGAAUGUUACUGAUAUCUGAGGCACUAAGGAAACCGAGAUGCAAAAUACAGAGACUGGGGCUUGACAAUAACGGUCUCACAGAUUCCUGCAUUAAGGAACUUACCUCUGCUCUCGGUGUAAACUCCUCGCUGACCGAACUGGACCUCGGCGAUAAUAACCUUGGCGAUUCAGGAAUAAUACUAUUGUCUGAAGUGUUGAGGCAACCGAAUUGUAAAUUGCAGAAGAUGGAGUUGUAUUCUACCGGUCUAACAGAUUCUUGCGCUGAGGUCCUCUCCUCCGCUCUCAUGAAAAAUAUCUCCCUGGUCGAGUUGGACCUGGGUUGUAAUGAACUGGGAGAUUCCGGGGUGAAGCACAUCUUCAUGGCUCUGCGAAAUCCAUCUGGAAAGCUGCAGAAACUGUGUCUAUGGGGUACACGUCUCACGGCUUCGUGUGCCAAAGAUCUCAGCUCUGCUCUCAGUAUAAACAGUACAUUGACAGAACUGGAUCUGGGAUAUAACAGACUGAAAGAUUCAGGAAUAAAACUGCUCUGUGCGGCUUUGGAGAAGCCGGACAGUAAAAUACAGAAACUACGCAUAGAUAACAAUGAGCUGACAGUUUCUUGUGCCGAAGUUCUCGCAUCAGUACUCCGUACAAACCGCUCACUGACGGAUCUGGAUCUGUGUUAUAACAGACUUGAAGAUUCAGGGAUGAAACAUCUGUGUGUAGCACUGAAGGACCAAAAUUGUAAAAUACAGAAACUCGGGCUAGAGGGGAAUUCAUUCAGUUAUGAUGGACUUAAAAUGCAGAACUGGCUGCAGCGUAUAAGGCCCGGAUGCAAUGAAGAGAUCCGGACAAGCCACAGAAUUUAUAACCCAGCAAAAUGGCGCUUAUUCAUCCCGACACCUUCGAGAAGCCUGGGCUCAGUCACAGAGCUCCCUUCGUUACUUCCUAGUCGGAGGAAAAUACGAACGAACUAUGAUCUGUGUAAACUAUCAGUUGCUUCUGGUCAGGACAAAUAUAAACUUCGAAAUGUCGUAACGCCAGAAUAA